GUCAAUUAAAAUCAACGUCAUUCAAUUUCGUCAUAAUUUAUUUAUUUUUUAAUUUUCGAUCCAAUCAUUUCUUUAGAUAAAAAUCAAUUAAAGUAUAUGGUAAUGUUGGAAUAUGGUGAUGGUGGUUCUUUAAGAGAAUAUUUACAAAAUAAUUCGGAAAAUUUACAUUGGAGUGUAAGAUUAAAAUUUGCAAGACAACUUUCUAAAGCUAUAGAAUUUUUACAUGAAAAAAAUUUAAUUCAUAAAAAUCUGCAUUCCAAUAAUAUAAUAAUUAAUGAACAAGAUUUAAAAUUAAACGCAUUAGGUAUUACAUGUAAAAUGGAAGAAUCUUCAAAUAUAUCAAUUAAUUUACAAAAUUAUUUAACUUAUGUUGACCCACAAUAUUUUAAAAUACCAAGUUAUAAAAGUAGUGAAGAUAAACAAUCAACUUUAACAAAAAAAUCUGAUAUUUAUAGUUUAGGGAUUCUUUUAUGGGAAUUAGCCUCUAUGAGAUUACCUUUUAGUAAUGAAGAACAUUCUGAUUUACAAAAAGAAAUUAUGGAAGGUCUUCGUGAAAAAGAUAUUGAUGGAAUUGAUCAAGAUUAUAUCCCUAUUUAUAAAAAAUGUUGGCAAAGUGAACCUGAUGAUCGUCCUGAUAUUUUGGAAGUUGUAUCAGCACUUGAAAAACUUGAUGAUGGAAUAGAUCCAUCAAUGGUUCAAGAAAAUAAAAAAGUUAAGCCGCCGAAAAGAAGAUUUUCAAUUAAAGAACCUCUUUUACCUGAUCCUCCUGUUACUAAACCGGUGAAAUCUUCAACAAGACCUCAAAUUAAUACAACACUGCCACCAGUUAAUACUCCGCCACCAGUUAAUACUCCUCCACCAAUUAAUACAACUCCUCCAACACCUAAACUUCAAGUUAAUACUCCUCCACCAACUCCACCAACACCAAAGCCUCAAAUUGAUACAAAACCACCACCACCAAAACCUCAGGUUGUUGCAACUCCUCCACCACCAAAACCUCAAGUUGUACCACCGCCAAAACCUCAAGUUGUUGCAACUCCUCCACCACCAAAACCUCAAUUUGUACCACCGCCAAAACCUCAAGUUGUUGCAACUCCUCCACCACCAAAGCCUCAAGUUACACCUCCGCCAAAACCUCAAAUUAAUUCAACACCACCGCCAUCACAAAAACCUCAAGUUAAUACACCUCCAUCAAAAAUAAUAAUAACCAAAAAUCAAAGUUCAACUUUAUCCGUUCCUAAUAUAAAACCUAGGUCCAGAAGUCCAUCAAGUCCAUUGAAACGUGAUAGUCCAAGGUUAAGAUCUAAAAGUCCUGAAGAUACAAUUAUUGAAGAAGAUGAAGAGGAAGGAGAAAAUCUUUAAGUCCGAAUAAGAAAUUAAGUACAUUAAAAGAAAAAUCACCAGUCAGACAAUCUAGACCAUUAGGAAGAGCUGUUAGUAAAAGUCCAUCAAGAAAAUCACUUACUAGAGCAAUAAGUCCUAAUUUUACGACGAGAGAACCGAGAGCCUCCAGAAGGUCUUCAUCCGUUUCACUUCCUAGAAAUACUCCAAAAUUUUCACGUAGAGCACAAACGG